UCUAAUUUUUCUCCGUCAUUCGAUUCUACCUUUUUUGAGUGAUGAAAACUACCUAAUUCUAUCUCAUAAAUUUACAUUGUUCAGAUCUCAACUUGUGCUGCUGGAUCUCUAAAGAGUUAGAUAGCAGUCCAGGCAUAAGAUUUAAUUAAGACGCUGAUGAAUUAAUAGAAUAAAAUCGUGCCUAAACUGGGCACGUAUGAUUUUUUCUUUGGCCUUAUUGCAAUCGCGCACAUAUACACGCAGAUUUCACGCUCUCGUGUCCUUCUCCCGACCGUUUUCAGUGGAGCCAGCGAUGGUCACCUGGUAGAGUGCAUAGAAAGGUUAUUCUAUUCGGAGAAAGUUUGUAAAGCGAGGCAAAAAUCCAGUGCAAAGUGACGCAGUGUGGAAAGUGUAUAAAGUGACGGGUUUCACCGCCUGCAUGAAAUGCAUGCCAAUGUGAAGUAGAAAGCUGUCCUCUGAAAGAGAGGGGCUCUUUGGUUGUGUGGAACACCACUAACACCCUCCUCCUAGAUUGGCUCUGCGCCACCCUUUACGCGCCUUGAGUGAGCUGUGCCGUUGUUACGCGUGAUCGAAGCGCCGCUUCGCGUCGGCUCGGUUAGCACAGAGAAAUUUCAAUACGAUGCGUCACAACUCACGGGGUAGCCCCGUAAAGGAUGGUAGAAAAUAAGAAUCCUGGUUACACGCAUGAACUUUGGACGAAUGGUUUUUUGGAGCCGAAUUUUGUUGUUUGAGUACCGACAGUACACAAUUCUGGACAGGGCUAGUCGAGCGUCGCCAUUGCGGAAGAUUUAGGCUGCUCGAUCGUAAACAAAUGAACCAUUGCCAAAAUGUCGGCAUCGUAAUGGGCGCAGAAAAGCGCAGCUCGGUGUGAGAAUUCAGAAACGGUAGGUGUAUAAAGGUGGAUUAAACUUGCAAACUUUCCUAGUUCGCAAUUGUUUACCCUACGCCAAUUCGUGUAUUUCAUAAAGUGACAUGACUUCACAUCACCGAUCAGGCGUGCCCUCUUACGAACGAAACAUAUGUUCUGCGAAAAAACUGAAGUAUUGCUCACUUAGCAAUAAGUCACCUGAAAGUGUGUAUCAUCAUAUCACUCCUACCGUUGAAACGACUCGGCGACUGUAAGCAGUAUAACACAAGAAGAGCAGGAAUACUGUAUCCGAAUUUGUAGCAGGAAACCCAGUAGAACAGAUGGAGCAAGAGCAAGAACGUGAACAUGACCGUGAAAGGGGACGAUUGAAACACUCUAAUAAACGCUCGCGGAAGAGUAUUAAGAAGUCGAAACGCAAACGUCGUGCCACAUCGUCGGAUGUGGAUGAUCUCUCGUCUGCUUCCUUUGGGGAAGAGUCGAGACGUAUAGUUGUCUCUGAACAUAGCCGAAAAGCAAGACGGCAGGAUACAUACAACGAUAGUAGCUGUGGCCAAGAUGGUGACGCUACGCGCGUCGAAUACUCAGACGUUAGUUCGGACGAUUUCUCUGCACCGGAGGCAGGCGAAAUAGAGACGGAUGCUACCGAUGCCUGUGGUGUAGCUGGUGGAUUCAGAAAUAAUGGCACUGAUGGGUCUCCACGAAAUGAUAAUGUGGAUAAUGAUAUUGUUAAUUCAUGCUCGACCGAGAGAAGCACAACAAAAGCGUGUUCUCAUGAUAAACAGAACACGAAGAAGUCAUACCACGCAUCGGUCGAUAAGUGUCCGGUUGCCACCUCACCCGACAGCGAUCGAAGAGCAUUGGUUUUAGGAGCCGUUGUCUCUUCAAGCCACUCGAAGCGCAAAAAAUCAGUUUCUUGCGAUACGUCAUUGAAGAACCAGCGACAGAGGCUGCGUCAGAGAGAUAAACACCAUUCCCAAAGCAGUUUCAAGAAGAAUGAAAUCUCGGUUUCAACAGAAGAAAAUGACGUGAAGAUAGAGGAGCGAAUCAGCGACUGCACUUUGCCAAAAGCAAAUGUACCGUCGCAAGUACGAGAUGCCGAAGUGCUGGACGCUGACGAGGAAGACGGCGAAGAGGACGAAGAGGAGGACGAUAAGAUCCAUUUUUUUGAGGAAGAAGAUGCAAUUUACGAUGAAGAAACGUCGGAAUCAGCCAUGAUUUCCGAUCAGCGAAGGAAAAAGAAUAAAAAGGAUAAAAAACAUAAGAAGAGCAAGCGAGCGAAGAAGCGUAAGAAAAGGGUACGGAACAAAUCCCUAUCAAGCGUGGAGACCAUUUCGGAAAGUGAAGACUCGUUGCUGGAAUCGUUAACACCACCGUUGAAGCAAUCCCCCGGAUCGGGUGGUGGUGGUAGCAUAUCCUACACACCGCUGCACAACGAUACCAGUCUGACGCCAGUAUCGCCAGGAACACCGCCACUUAUAGGAGUACCACACGAUUCAACGCAUGUACGACACACCGUUAGUAGUCCGUACGGUCGUGAAGUUUCGACUGGUCACGGUCACAGUCCUACGGUGGAAUGCGAUCGUAUUACUGUUGGAGGGGGCGGCGUUGGAGGAAGUAGUGUCAAUACUAGUGGGAGUGGCCGAAAGCUGUAUAUUUCCUCUUCACCGCAUACGCCACCAGUACGAGGAGAAAGCAGGAAAAGCCUCUAUCACGAUCGGGGGCCGCUUCAGCAACACGUUAGCAGUCCAAUCGAUCUGGACAGUUCGUCGCCUUCAUGUAGCAUAUUGCAUCGCAGUAAGACACGGAACAGUCAUCAUGGCAGCAACAGACGGCGUAGUCAAUCCGGUGAUCGAAGGCACUUCUCUUCUCGCAAGACUCCCUCUCCAAAUGGGCAGCACAAACCAUAUACUCCGCCACCCUCAAAACGACGUCGUGAUCGAUCCCCACCAGAAAAAGAUUUAUAUCGGAAAGAAGGAAGCGGUACCAGAAGCUACAAUAAGCGGGAUCGAGAUUGGGAUGACCGAAGAAGAGAAGAAACACAGAAGAGAAAUUACAUGAAUUCCAGUCCCACCAGUAGCCGGCGUUCGCGCCGAACACCAUCACCAACAGUUGGCCAGACAGGAGGCAGCUCGCGGUCCCGAUCAUCGCGAAGAAGCGCUCAUUAUAGCCCGUCGCCUGAUCGAGGAUCCGUUACUACCUGUCGGCCACGUUAUCGUUCGCGUAGUGUCCGCCGAUCGUCACCUCCAUUGUCUUCGGGCAGACGAUUCUCCAGCAGUAGGUCACGUUCUCCGCCGUUAUCAUCGGUAAAAAAAUAUGAUCUUCAGGAGAAGAUUACCGAUACUAGCUUCUUUGCGGAGCUUAUCAAGGAUAAACAUAAACGAAGGAAGACCCUUCAGGAGAUAUUGGAAACGAACGAGAAGCGAGAAGCGCCGAACGUUGCAUUAGCAUUCGAGAACGAAAAUAGUGUUUCAAACGAUUACCUAACUAUGGGUAGUUGCAAUAAAGGGCAGGGUGGUGUUAGCAGCGGACCAAUGACUUCUAAUACCAAUGGAUAUCAACAUGGUGGUAUUAGCAAUUUUACCGAUAUUGCAAUGCCGCAAAUAGCAGUGUCAGUAGCGGAAGUGGCUUGUGAAUCUGUUCGAUACCACGAUCAGUUCGAGGGUGGUACUAUUGGUAUUAGUGAAGUUACUUGUAUCAAUGUGACUGAACCCGCCAUUGUCGGCACGGAAGAUAUGUCCAACAACAAUAAUAGCAACGCAAACAACACCAUGGAGGAAGAUUCGCGUAUUCCUGUGAUAACAAGUAGUAGCACUAAAUCGACAUUUGCGCAAUUCCUGUCACAACAUGUUCCCAACGAUAUGCUAUCGAUCAAUGAUUUAAACUCCACAAAUAGUAGCACACACAUUUCAAGACCAAAAAGUCUCACUAAACUUCCAAUGCCACCAGGUGUCAAUGUUGCUGAGUUAGUCGGUGCCCAGACGCCAAGCCCAGUCGGUCCAAUUAGUCCUGUUGCUGUGGCGAUUAAGGUAAUGCCCAUCCCUACGCUUACAACCACUGGUGCCGUUCAGGUAUUAGCCCAGGACAACGUAAAUAGCGAUGCUCCAACAUUGUUGGCAAGCGGUGGGACCAGCGGAAGUACUGGUGCCCCAACAGCUAAGAAAGGGCUACUCAAUCUCCCGAUGCCACCGAUGGUGCCCGGUUCGGAAGAUUUGAGUGGGGACGAAGAUAUGGGCUCUCCACUCCAUGUUGGCCUUCAUCGAAUAGAUGAAUCAUUAACUAAGUCCACGACUGCCGCCACAAUACAGCAUAAGCAAUUAUCAACAAGUCACCAUUAUAACAAUAACAACAACAACACCUCACACUGCAACCGUUAUAAGGGUACAGGGACAAUGACGGCGAUAUCUGGAGGAAAACCACAACCACCAAGACCCCGGAUUCUGAACCGACGUCAUUCACGCAACAUGAGCGCUCCAAUGUCUGCUUCCGGGGGUAAAGAUUGGGGUGAACGGUGCGUGGAAGUAUUUGAAAUGCUAGAACAAAUAGGAGAGGGCACGUACGGACAGGUUUACAAAGCCAAGGAUCAAAUGACAAAAGAACUGGUUGCAUUGAAAAAGGUGCGACUCGAGCACGAGAAGGAAGGAUUUCCGAUCACAGCCGUUCGCGAAAUCAAAAUUUUACGUCAACUAAACCACACGAACAUCGUGAAUCUGCGCGAAAUCGUAACCGACAAGCAAGAUGCGCUUGAGUUUCGAAAGGACAAAGGCUCAUUUUAUCUGGUGUUCGAGUACAUGGAUCACGAUCUAAUGGGACUGCUUGAGUCAGGGAUGGUGGAUUUUAACGAACAGAACAAUGCUAGCAUUAUGCGCCAAUUGCUCGACGGUCUGAACUACUGCCACAAGAGGAAUUUUUUACAUCGCGACAUAAAAUGCUCUAACAUUCUUAUGAACAAUCGGGGCGAGGUGAAACUGGCUGAUUUCGGACUCGCCCGGCUAUACAAUGCGGAAAAUCGAGAGCGAGCAUACACGAACAAGGUGAUAACGCUCUGGUACCGGCCGCCCGAGCUCUUACUCGGCGAGGAGCGCUACGGACCGGCGAUUGACGUGUGGAGCUGUGGCUGUAUCCUUGGCGAAUUGUUCCUCAAAAAGCCGCUAUUUCAAGCGAACCAGGAAUUGGCCCAGCUCGAGAUGAUUUCACGACUUUGCGGUACACCAACACCAGCUGUCUGGCCGAACGUGAUAAAGUUACCUUUCUUCAAUACACUUAAAUCUAAGAAGCAAUACCGCCGUAAACUUCGUGAAGAUUUCGUGUUUAUGCCAACACCCGCACUCGACCUGCUCGAUAGUAUGCUGGUGUUGGAUCCCGAACGUCGAAUAACAGCAGAGGAUGCUCUGAAGUCCAACUGGUUGAAAAAUGUAAUCCCGGAACAGCUCACACCUCCGAAGCUACCGACCUGGCAGGAUUGCCAUGAGCUGUGGAGCAAAAAGAGGCGCCGCCAACUUCGUGAGCAACAGGAAGCUGCUCAAAACCUGCCACCUGGUAAACCAUCCAGUGGCAUGACGAAGAUGGUUUGUGAUGGUCUCAUCUCUGCUGUUCCGGCUACGGGCGGCAAUGGGUGUGGCGCGACCAGUGUCAAAAUGGUUUAGAUGUGUACGAUCAAAUUGUCGUUCACGCCACACAUUAUCGUGAACGAUGUCACGCCCAUAUAUUGUGUUCUUCUUUUCCAUGCGUUUCGGAUUCGUUUUGACCUUCAAAUUCCGUUCAUCAUCAAUCUAUCGAGUAAUGGAAUUCGGCAUAGUUGCAUCUGCAUAUCUACAUAUGUGUGCGUAUGCGUGUACAUAUUCCAUUGUAUUCCUAUUUUCCAGAUUGUUAGGCGUAAUGCAGGCUGAACCAACAUUAUUAUGUAAAUCUUAUUGUAUAAAUUAGACCAUAAUAUUUGUCAUGGGACAUGUCAGGCAUAGAAUUAAGGAAGCUAUAACUCCUCAGUACGGACGCCCAGCCACAUUAACACAUAGAGCUUUUUAAGAUUACCGAGAAUGGAAAUAUUGGAAAUGACAUUAAUGAGGGAGCAGGAAAAGCUGGAGGUUAAUUACAAUAAUUGCGUAUGAUAGAACUAUAUGUUUUCUAACAUGCUUGGCUUCUUAUAGUUAUCGCACACAGGGGACAGUAUCUUAGGGAUUGUUUUACUGCAGGUUUGUGUGCCCUUUAAUGGCGGAAUGCACCAUAUAACAAUUGUGCAUCUUGGAUAUGUGAACAUUUGAACAUUGUUUGAAGAUGUUUUGUAUCGUAGCAGAGGACGUGCAUCGUGCCUCUGUAUGGAUUGGUCGCCAUCAAAUAAUGAGUACGCCAGAAAAUAAACAUUUACGCGGAAAGCGAAACAAAUUGA